UUUAGAAGUUAUUUUCUGUUUUGGUUUUACAAAAAGUAAACAUAUGAUGGUCUUGAAAUUUUUAUUGUGAUUUGUGAUUUAAAUUGAUACUUUUUCCUUUUGUUUUAUUGUUCAUAUUUGUGUUUUAUAACUAGUUAAGUAUCUUUAGUCAUGGGGAGACGGUCGAUAAACACCACUAAAAGUGGUAAGUACAUGAACCCCACCGAUCAAGCUCGCAAGGAAGCACGUAAGCGAGAGUUGAAGAAGAACAAGAAACAGCGAAUGCUGGUCAGGACUGCAGUUUUAAAAGGAAAAGAUCCACAUCAAGUUUUAGCUGAUAUGGAACGUCUUGAUCUGAUGGAGUUCAACGUUGAUGUACCACCCCCACUUAAUGAGAAGGUUUUACGUGACAAAAGGAGAAAACUGAAAGAAACUUGGGAUCGGUUAUGUAGGCUUUAUGUUAAAGAAGAACAUGAAAAGUUUUUGGAGUUGAAGAGAUUAGAAGCUGAAUAUGAAUCAAAGCGAAAUCAAUUGAUCAAAUUUUAUGAGGCGGUUAAAUCAGCUCAAGAAGUAGCUUUAGAUGACAUCCCUCUUCCUACAGGCCCUCCCGAAGCCAAUACAGGUGAAGAAAUAAUCGAAGAGGAACCAGAAAGUGAACCUUCUUCAAUUCUUAAAAAGAGUACCACAACACCAGUGAUAAAUAAAGAUCCUCCAGGCUUACCUCCUGGUCCACCACCAAAUCUAGAUGAUUUUGAAGAUGGAGAUUCAGAUGAUGAACAAGAAACAAAUAAAAAAGUACAUUUUGGUGAUAAUGAAAAGGAAGCUGAUGUUAACGAGUUUUUGAAGGAAAUUGAAGAUGUAGAAAAGACUGUCGCUGAAAAUGAUAAGAAUGCUCCUUCUUCUCCCGAAGAUUCUCAGCCCACAGAGUCAACCGUUUCAGAAAAUGAGAUCUCAACGACUACUUCAUCUACGCUUCCAAAUACUAGUACAACGCCAAUCUCUUCCAACACAACUACCAUCAACCCUAUACCUACUUCGACAUCAGCUCUUCAGGAAACAACAAUUCCACCAACUAAUCCCAUACUUACUAUGGCUCCUACUAAAAUUCAACCAGCCCCUCCUCCAAUUCCUCCACCUGUUCUAUUACUUCGUCCUCCUGUUCAACCUUUAAUGCAUGGACAAACUAGACCUGGUAUGCCACCACCUAAUGGACCUCCUAGACCUGGUAUGGGACCACCACAUUCUAGACCUCAACGGCAUAAUGCUCCCAGACAUAACCCCAGAGGAAAUCAAAAUAAUAAUAGGAAAGAAGACAAAAAGCCAUCUCAUGUCGUUUCUGAUAAGGCAACGAUAGAAGCGAAACCUCAACUAAGGAAUUUGAGUGCCGAUGCAAUUAGAUUUACUCCUUUGUCUUUAAAAAUCAGAAGAAAUGAGAAAAAUGUAAAGAAAACUAACAAAAAUGAAGGUGAAUCUAAUUUCAGUUUUACUUCAAAGCCUUAUGAUUCUACUCAAUUCAAACAGCAACCACAACCAACAAAAGAUGAUGCAUAUGAAGAAUUCAUGAGGGAACUAAAAGAUAUUAUAUAAAUUUAUAAAUACAAUUGUAUAAAAACAUCCCCAUCUUCAUCAACAUCGUAUAAAAUUAAAUUAAUAUUGUCAACUAUUAAAAUAGUUUGUCAAUCUUUCUUCUUGUGUCAGUAAUUACAGGAUAAAGAAAACAUAAACAUAAAGGCGCGAUUCAAUCAUGAUAAAGAGUUUUUUAUCCUCCUUUAUUUUCUUCAAGAGUUCCUCCCAAAGCAUUGAAUUAAACAUCAUGAAUUGAAAUGUACCAAUCAUCAAAACUUUUAAGAUCAUUCUGGUGGUCCUGAUAAAGUACUGGGUGUGUUUAUUAAGCCAUCAAAUCCUGCCUAAUGAUCCUGUUCAAUAAAAGCAUUUCAAUUUGAACAAAAUGAAUAAAGAAAACUGUUGGAGAACAAAUAAAGAAUUAAAAGGAAAAUAAAUCAUCAAAUGAAACAAUCAAGUAAAAGCUGUGGCAACAAUUAAUUCUGAGCUAAUGAUCGUAAAGUAGAGCUUCUUGGAUCUCAAAUUUGCACUUCUUGACUGACAAUUUGAUUUGGAUUCAAUGUUUUCAAUUUUCGCUAAAAAAUCUUCCAUUAGUCAGUUCAACAAUUAAAUCAAUCUUGGAAAUGCUGAUUUUACCAUUUUUGCACCUUUGUUACCUUAGCAAUAAAUGAUCGCUAGAAGAUGAUAAAGAUUGAAUGUUAACAACAAAAUUAAAGCACAACAUUUCAAUGUUUGACAUGAAUUUAUUAUUA